UGUUGCCGGUCUUGCAAUACGCGAAAAAAAGCAACAACAGGAUCCAGUACUUUGUAUCGAUCGAUUUCAUCGGUCCAUUAAUCAUACACGGGAGGAUUGCAAAUUUUGUGAAACAACAACCGCUGUCGAUGGUCAGACACAUGAAGUAGGACUGUUUACUAGGUGUAAAUUAUAUAAUACCUAUGUAUCACGUAUAUACAAAAUGGCGGAAAGAGCUGGUUACGACCAACCUGGAGAUGGAUACACAGACAGGAUCACUGGUUUCGAGCUCGGUACCACGUCUGCUAAUCUGCCAGGACAACAUCAAUCAAAUUUGACUCGAGAGAUCUACACCAUACAGUCCAGUAUCAACUCGGAUACUAAUCAACCUCAAGUUACAACAGUGAUACUUCAGUCGACACACCCUGACUACAUGGUGGUGUCUCUGUUUGCAUGCAUAUUUUGCUUCUGGCCGACAGGUGUAUGUGCCCUGUACUAUGCAAAUGAGGCUAACAAUCUCGCAGAAGGCGGUGAUUACGAAGGAGCAAGAAGGAUGUCAAUCAAGGCCAGAAACCGAAUGAUUACCAGUGUCGUCAUUGGAAUUAUUCUUAUGUCUGUAAUGGCAUAUCCUGCUGUUGUCGCAUACAAUAACUUGCACGAAACUUAAGGCUUAUAACAAGCAGUCAUUAGUCGUAGAAUAUCAAACGUUGAUAUGAUGCAUACCUUUUCAAGAUGCAUAAACUUGUUUUUAAGACGAAUAUACAUUUUACAAUGUUGUUUUUAGUUUAGUUUAAACAUGUUUUAUUUCAGUAAUACAUGAAACAUUUACAAACAUUAAUUAAGGAAUUGGACAGAAAGCUGUUUUUCAUUGGCCUUAAUAGAUCUAGGUCACGUGAUUUCAUUUUUCUUUGAUAUAAAUGACAAAAUCCU